AUGAAUGGAGAUGACAUGGUUCCAGAACCUCCAUGACUGACUGAUAAGAGAGCCAUCACCCCGGCUAUCAUUUCAUUUCAUUUUCUUUUUUUGUUCCUGGGGACAGCAGUGAGCAACGGCUUCUUCAUCACUGUAACACUGAGCAUGGAGUGGUUGCUACAGUGAACACUGUUACCUUGUGAUAAAUUAUUAGUCAGCCUGGGGGCCUCUUGCCUCUGUCUGCAGUGGGUGGUGAUGAGGAAGAGCAUUUAUAUUUUCCUGUAUCCAAUGGCCUUCCCAUACAACCCUGUACUGCAGUUCCUAGCCUUCCAGUGGGACUUACUGAACACUGCCACCUUAUGGUUCUUCACCUAGCUCAGCGCUUUCUGUUGCGUGAAGACCGCAACCUACACCCUCCCCAUCUUCCUCUGGCUAAAACAGCAGGUGUCUGGGUUGGUUCCAUGGAUGCUGCUUAGUUCCUUGGGACUCUCCAGCUUGAGCACCAUCCUUUUCAUAGGCAACCAGAGCUUAUAUUACUACUUUUUAAGGAGAGGGUUGCAAUCUUGGAAUGCCACUGGGAAUACUAUAAGAUCAUAUGAGAAAUCCUACUUCUCUUUAAAACUUGUUACCUGGACAGCUUCUGACCUCGAAGGGGAUGACUGCUCGUAG